ACUACUCCCUCAGACAAUGGAGGAAGAUGGAGUUCAGCUCUGGUAUUAAUAUUGCUCAAAGUGCUCAGAACCGGCAUUUGGUAUUCACCAGAAGAAUCUUGGUGUUAAAGCUUUAGAAUCAAUGUCUCUGCAACUGAGGUAUCUGGUGAUAGUGCUGAUCCUAAACCUUUGGAGUUCAUGCAUUUCAGCAGAAACAAUUCCUGAUGAAGCUCUUGCUCUACAAAGCCUGGCUAGUAAGUGGCAGGCCAGUCCAGGAAACUGGGCAGGCUCAGAUCCCUGUGGCAGUAACUGGGUUGGAAUCAACUGUUCCAAUUCCCACAUCAUCUACAUAGUGCUAUCUGGGUGGGGCAUCAGUGGGAGCCUCUCUGAGGAGAUCCAGAACCUGCCUGAGUUGGUGCACUUGGACCUCUCAUUCAAUCCAGGAUUGGGUGGACCAAUUCCCAGAACCAUCGGGAACUUGGUGAAGCUGAGAAGAUUGGUCCUUGUUGGUUGCAGCUUCAGUGGCUUCAUUCCACCGGAGUUGGGAAAGCUUUCACGUCUGGCGUUUCUAUCUCUGAACUCCAACAAGUUACGUGGAUCCAUUCCUGGAGAGCUCGGGAAUCUGUCAUCGUUGAUCUGGUUUGAUAUCACAGACAACGAGAUCUCUGGUUCUAUCCCUGUCUCCGAUGGCACAAACCUUGGCCUGGACAUGCUCAAGAAAUGCCAGCAUUUCCAUUUUGGAAAGAACAAUUUAUCCGGCCCCAUUCCACCUGAACUCUUCCAAUCAAAUACCAGUGUUCGCCAUGUGCUCUUUGAUAGCAACAAAUUGACAGGCAGCAUUCCGGAAACCAUUGGAGUCCUGGAUACUUUGGAAGCUUUGCGGCUUGACAGGAAUCAAUUGACUGGAGCUGUUCCUUCCAACCUCAAUAACCUGACCAAACUUGCAGAACUGCAACUAUCAAACAACCAGCUCAGUGGCCCCUUGCCGAACCUUACAGGAAUGGAUGCGCUUGCCUAUGUGGAUUUGAGCAACAACUCAUUUGAUGUAUCAGAUGUUCCACCUUGGUUCUCCACCUUGCCAUCAUUGACGACCCUAAUGUUGGAGUUCUUGAAGGUUUCAGGGCAAAUACCGGCAUCUCUUUUCGGCUUUCCCCAAAUGCAGAAGGCACGGCUGAGGAGCAACCUCAUCAAUGGCACACUGGACCUGGGCAGUCAAUACAGCAAGCAGCUUACUCUUAUCGAUGUGCAGGACAAUAGGGUUCAAGAACUGUAUUAUGGAGGGUACUCUAAUGAACUGCUACUUGAAGGUAAUCCUUACUGCGAUCAACAAGGAUCAGUAAGCAAGUACUGCGAUGUUGCACAGCAAUCGAAUCCGGCAGCCACGUAUUCGACUCCCAUGCAAAACUGUGGAGCCAGUGUCUGCACCUCAGAUCAGGAGAUGAGCCCCAAUUGCAUCUGUUCAUACCCAUUUGAGGGCACCAUUGUUUUCAGAUUCUUGACCUUCUCCAAUACAGAGAACUACACAUACUAUCAGACUCUAGAGAGAUAUCUUUACGGGUCAUUUCAGGACAACCAGGUUCCUGUCGGCUCCCUGUCCCUGCAAAACCCAAAAAUAAAUCUCUACAAUUACUUCGAAGUUGAUAUGUGGAUCUUCCCUUCUAGCAAAGUUCACUUUGAUGAGCCUGAGGUUGUUCUACUUGCAAACCUAUUCAGCAACACCACUUUCAAGGCUCCUCCUGGUUUUGGGCCUUAUUAUUUCAUUGCCAAACCAUAUCCAAGUUUUGCUGAAUCAGGUUCGAAAUCGAAAAAUGCAGGUUUGAUCGCAGGAAUUACAGUUGGAGGAUUGCUACUAGCCUCUGUGCUAGCAGGUUUGAUCAUUUUCGGAAUUCGACGACGACGAAGAAAGGUUAAGAAGGCCACAGAACAAAGUCUGCCUUCUGGAUCAUGGUAUCCUAGCCAAAGUGGCAGCGGCGUCCCCCAGCUGAAAGGAUCAAGAUUGUUUUCGUUUGAAGAACUAACCAAGUGCACGAACAACUUCUCAGAAGCGAAUGUGCUCGGGACCGGAAGCUAUGGAAAAGUUUACCGAGGAGCACUGGAUGAUGGGCAACUGAUUGCUGUAAAGAGAGCUCAACAAGGAUCUUUGCAGGGUGAACAUGAAUUCAAGACUGAGAUAGAGAUGUUGAGCAGAGUCCAUCACAGGAACCUUGUGGGCCUUGUUGGCUUCUGCUUCGACCACAAUGAACAGAUACUGGUGUAUGAGUACAUCCCUAAUGGCUCGCUAAGAGAUAGUCUUUCAGGGAAAUCUGGAGUUCACUUGGAUUGGAAGAAGAGACUACGAAUAUCACUCGAUGCAGCCAGAGGUCUCACCUACCUGCAUGAGCUCGCAAACCCCAGAAUAAUCCAUAGGGAUGUCAAGUCCAACAACAUCCUUCUCGACCACCAUCUCAACGCAAAGGUUUCUGAUUUCGGUCUCUGCAAACCACUGAACGACGACUUGAAAGGCUACAUCACCACGCAAGUAAAAGGCACGAUGGGAUACUUGGAUCCUGAGUACUACAUGACCCAGCACUUGACGGAGAAGAGCGACGUGUACAGCUUCGGCGUUCUGCUGUUGGAGCUUGUGACGGCGAGGAAGCCGAUAGAGCGUGGGAGAUUCAUCGUGAGGGAGGUGAGGAACGCCAUCAACAAGUCGCCGGACCUGCACGACCUCCGUGAGCUUCUCGAUCCUGCCGUCUGCAUUAACAGCACGCUGCCGGGACUCGAUCGAUUCGUGGAGUUGGCGAUGAAGUGCGUGGAGGAUUCGAGCGCCGACCGGCCAUGGAUGAGCGAGGUGGCGAAAGAGAUCGAGAACAUCAUGGUGUUGGCCGGCAUGAACCCGUACAUUGCAUCUGAAUCAAACUCUGCAAGCUUCGGAGGGGAACGCAGGAGCCAUCCUUACCAAAGUGAUGUUUCCUUUGACUACAGCGGUGGGCCGUACUCACCAAAAGUGGAGCCCAAGUGAGAGGAACGGAAGCUGCAUCUUGAGUUCGAGAUCUAAGUCGGCCAUGUGGAUAUAGAUUGUGUGCUCGUUUGAGAGUCUUUGAAUUGUGUGCUGUAUAUGAUUCGGAUGGUGUUAGUCUGAGUGCUAAAUACUUAACAAUUGUUUGCAUAAAUAAUAUUCUAGUUUAGUCUCGUAUCGAAAGUAAGUGUAGAUUUGAAUGAAUUUAUA